AAAAUAGUAAAUAAAAACUUUUGAAAAAGUGAAGACGGAAAAAUGAAAGGAUUUAUUUUCUUGAUAUUCUACCUCGUUAAUUAUAGUUUUGCAUUAAAAUUUAAUUACCCGCGAAUACUAUUGCCAGUUUUUGAUAAUGUGCGGAUUAAUUACACGCUAGAAGUUGUGGAAAAAGGCUGUUUUGAUUUCCGAAUAUCAUCUGGUAUUGAACUGAUUCAGAUACAGCCAAUAUAUGACGAUAUUGAUAAUGAUUGCAGUCAUAAAGUUGUGAUAACGGCAAUUUCUAAGGAAAAGCAGAAGAAAACUGCAAUUGUGCUAGCCGAAAGUCGUUUAACUAAGGAAGUCUUGAGAUGUGAUGUGAUAUUAGACGUAAUUCACUCAUUUAAUGUUCAUACAACCACACGAGAACUUUAUCUCGAAGAAGCAGCUGAAACUUUUGAGUUAAUUGCACAAGAUAAUCAAGGCAAUGAUUUCACAACAUUAGAAGGAGUUGAAUUUAGCUGGAACAUUGGUACGCAGAGCAGGAACACAAAAGAUUCAAAUGGAAAAGCUCAAUAUCAAGUGCUACGUUUCUUGACGUUCUCAGAAAGCAAAUAUCAUCAGGUACCAAAAGAUGUAGAGAAGUUUGACAUUAUGGGAUUAAAAGGUCACAUGACAUUAAUUGAAGGAAUUAAUUCAGGAACAGCAAAAGUCAUCAUAAAGUUACCAUAUCCUGAAUAUAAUCAUGUUAAUGAAAUUACUGUAGACAUCACAGUCUUAGCUAAUCUUAUAAUUCAUCCAAAUGACAUCCAUAUCCUCGUUGGAGAUAAUGUCGAAUUUAAAGUACUUCAACUUAAGCAAGGAAAGUUACACGAAGUCGUAUUAGGACCUCAAUAUUAUCUGGAGAUUGAAAAGAAAGAAACUGCUAAAAUAGAUAGAGGAUUAGCAACUGGAUUGAGUUUAGGAACAACUCUCGUUCUAUUAAGGGACAAAAAUGUGAUUGAAAGUUCCAUAAAUCCUCCACUAAUGCCUAAAGCUCGAUUGAGGGUUAGUGAAGCCAGUAAAAUGAGAAUUGAAUUACUUCCUUAUCGAAAUUGGAUAACAACAGAAAAUCAGGAACACGAAAUUGCCAUAGACUUAUUAACAAAGAACAAUGAGAAAAUUACUUUAGGUGAUCGUUAUAAAAUCGAAUCAUCAUUCGAUCAAAGUUAUUUUAAUGAAUUUGGAAGGAACAGCAAUGGAAGUAUAAUCUCUGGUAAGGCUGUCCAAAGAGGAAGCACAUUAGUGUCUGGAAAAUUCAAUCAACUUUCAGUGAGUGCAGAAAUGAUAAUUUAUGGACAUAUUGACUUGAAGCCAAAGGAAGUUUAUGUUCCAUAUGAUGUAAAUAAGCCAGUAGACAGUAAGAUCCAAUUUAUAGCUAGUGGAGGUGAUGGAUCAUUCUCAUGGUUCAGUUUAAAUCCUUCAGUUUUGACAAUUGGACAGGAUGGACUAGCAGACACACAUUUAAGAAGAUUAAAAGACUUUCAGAAUGACAGAAAUGAUAAUGUCAUAGAAACAUCAAUUCGUGCUGCUAUGAUGAAGAAUUUAAAGCUUUAUAAAACAGCAAAAGUCUUUUUCUUGCCUCCAGUUAAACUUGAAAUUGUUGCCUAUAAUUUUGAAACAGCUAUAAAUGACUACAUUGAUGUACAUAUUGGAUUAUUUGCAUACUAUAAAGAUGCUUACGUUCCAUUUACAUCUUGUGAAAAUCUCAACUAUGACAUCGACUUUGUCCAUCAAUUAUUUAAUAUCGCUAAUGCUGAAAGUGAUCACACAGAAAAGUUAAGAAAUGGAUGCAGAAUUAUACGACUUAAAGCUAUUCAUACUGGAUUAACAACAUUAACAGUCUCAUAUAGGCAUGGAAAUGAUGUUUUGACUGAUAAUGUUCAACUUAUGGUCUAUGAGAAGUUAAUAACAUAUAAUCCAGAAACAAAUAUUGUUGUACUUCCAAUUGGUUCUAGUAGAAAUGUCAUUUAUCAAUAUGGACCGAAGAAGGUUUAUACAGUUGGAAGUGAACUAACAAAGGAUAUAAAUUAUGAAAAGAACUUUAUAGCUGUCAAUGAAAUUAAAUCAGAUUUUCAGGAUCAGAGAUUUGCUUACAACAUUCUGUGCCGUAAAGUUGGAGAGACGAAACUACAUAUGGAAAUUUUCAAUGCCUUAAGUUCUGAUUCCUUUGUGAAAUAUGUCUCAAUCAUUGAUACUUUCGUCUAUUGCGUUAAACCUAGAUUUAUUAAUCUCAUCUCAGUUGACAAAUUAAAGACAUCAUGUCCAAUUGACAGUAAGACCUCAUUGUUACAUGUUAAAUCAGCUACAGAUGCAUUGCACAUAGAAAUUGAAAUUCUGGAUGAACAGAAACGUAAACUUGACAACAUUACAUCAUUAAUUAUUGACUGGAAGUUCCUACAAACGAAUGGCAUAGUUAAUCAUAAUAUCGUCUAUAAUCGUGAGACAGAAACUGAUGAAAUUGAUGGAGUUUUAAUUCCAAAACGUGACUUCCUUAGAACAUCCAUAACUGAAGUUAGUGUCAAUCAUAAAAUUAAGGCAAUCGUUCGUGAAUAUGAUGGAAAUGUGCUGAAAGAAAAUCAAAUUAUUCCUGAAAUUCCUCAUUUUGGAACCAGAAAGACUGGAGAAAGUCAGCAACUUGUCACACCUUUAAUAGAAAAUGAACUGGAUUUCCUUUCAUUUGAUGCUGCUUUACUGCCAAUGUCUUCAGUUUCUGUCUUUUUAUCACCUGGAUUAGUAAGGAAGCUAAAAUUAGGUCGAGGAAGUGGAUUUUAUGAUAUUAAAGUGAAGAAUCCACAUUUACUGGAUGUUCAGCAUGACAAAAGUACAUCAGAACUAGUUCUUAAGCCCAAGCACAUUGGUGAAACUGUCGUAGAAAUAACAGACAAAUGUUUAAAGAUUGAACUGUCAAAAUUGCAUGUUUCUAUCGUCGGAAUUGGACGAAUUGAAUUGUCAAGUCCAGAUCGUGUUGAGAAGACAAAAAGCAUUGAAGGAAUCGCAAGGAUUUAUGACACAAAUGAGCAUCUUAUGGAAAUUGACUUUAAUAACUUGAAUAUUUUACAAUUGAACGAAAAAGUCUUUAAUGAACAAAUUUUAUCGAUUAAGCGUGGACAUCAAGAUAAUUUACAGUCUGGCGAGAUUCGAUACGUCAUUACAGGCAAUGAAUUGGGAGAAACGAAGAUUAUUGUAUCAUCCGGAUCAGUUUCUAGUCUUCCAGUCAAUAUUCAAGUUUUUCCACCAUUACAAUUGUUCCCUAGAAAUGCCACAAUCAUUGUUGGAUCAUUGCUACAAAUUAGAUCACAAGGAGGUCCAAAACCAGACACAAAUGUCGUUUACACAAUUGGAAACAAUGAGAUAUUGGGAAUUGAAGGAUCUGUCGUAGAAGGAUUGAAAGUAGGAAAGACAAAAGUCGUUGGCAAGUCUGUAGGAAUUAAUCCAACAACUGGAAGUACGACUACAUAUUCUGAAGACUUUGUGUACAUAAAUGUUGUGCCAUUGAACAAAAUAAAGAUAAAGGCACCACUACAAAGACUUAAAUCAGGUUCUAUUAUGCCUGUAACACUCUGGGCAGACAAUGACAUAUCGCCAAUGAUUUUAGGAACAUUAAAGAAUCUCCGAGUAAAAUGGCAAAUUGAUCAAACAGACAUAAUUGAAUUGAGGGAUGUUUUUGAGGAUAUUGGAAUUGUUUAUGGUGAAUCUGAUGCCAUUUCAAUGCGCGUUCGUGGAUUAAAGCAAGGAAAAGCAAGAAUAACAGCCACUGUUUAUCAAUUUAAUAACAAAUUCCAAGCAAAUAUUGAUGUGACAGUUUUUAAAACAUUAGAAUUGGAAUCACCAAAGAAAAUCGUCCAUGAUCCAAUAAUAAUUCCAACAAGAAUGCAAGUUCAGCUAAAGACAAACUUAGAAGACACAACAUUCGAGAUUAAUGAUCAAGCAGAUAGAAGUGUCAUUAAUGUCUCUAAAGAUGGAACAGUAAAGAGUUUUGACAUGCUUGGAACUAGCUUAAUAAUAGCAUCAUCAGUUAGUGGCGAUCAGAAGCUUGAUAUCCCGAUAGAAGUGAAGAAUAUUAAUUAUAUCAUGGCUUCAGUAAUUCCUAGCAUUAGAAUGAAAGGACUUGAGAGACAUUUACCAAAGGAUCUUAAUUUUGGCAUGACAGUCAGCUUGCAUGACAAUUUAGGAAAUAAAUUCUCACAUAAUUUUGAAGAACUGAAAUGGCAGCUAUCAAAUCGUGACUUGGUGGAAGUAAAUAUUGGAGAAAAUUUCACUUUAAAUGUUAAGCUGCUUAGACAAGGAACAAAUAUGCUGGCUGUGUCGUUGAGAGAUUCAACUGGAAUUAAGCAUCAUGAAGAUUAUGUCAAAUUGGCAGUUAAGGCUAAUAAUGGAAUAUUUAAUGAGAAAUUAAUAGCAACACUUGGUGACAUCAUUUGCUUUGAUUCUCCAUUAAAUAAUGGCUAUGACUGGACGACAAGUUCAGAAGCUUUAAGUUUGGAAGGAUCCGUUGGACGAAUUGUGUCAGUUCCUGGAAGUCAAAAGAUUAGUGUUGUUCAUGGAUUAGGAUUAAAUUCAUUUGUUAAUUACGAUAUUCAGGUACGAAAUCCUGAUCAUAUCCAAUUCAAUCAGAAACUUGACAUAUUUAAUGGUGAAACUUAUCGUGGACAAUUCGUCGUCAGUCAUCAUCAACAAAGUGAUAAGCUUUCAAAUAUAAUUGCCUCAAAUGUCAGUAGCUGCAAUGGACUGCACAGCAAUUAUUCAAUAGAUUUUGUCACUUGUAAAUUAGUCAGUGACGACAGCACAAUUUUAAAGAAGUUUGAAGUGUCAGCAAUUUUUGAUGGACGAUAUUAUGCAUGUGAAAUUAAGCCAUUACAGUCACUUGAAGAAAUAACAAGCUAUUCACGUGGAAAGGAUAUACGAUUGUUGCUUGAAGCUAGAUUAGUUUGGUCUGGAACAUUUGAUAGAAUUGAAUUAAGACUCACGCCAGCAAUUCAAAUUACACCAAAAGUCAUCAACAUCGAUAAGCUUGAUCAGAAUGAAAUUAUCAUUAGCGGAAUCGAGAGCAUUUUACAGAAAGUCGAGGUCAUUUCAUCUCAUCCUGAAAAUUUACUUAUUAUUCCAAGUUCACAGAAAACUGUUGGACGAUUGCAGUUUAAGCCACGAUUGAACAAUCAAGGAGCUAUCGAAUCAGAGUUAUUCAUCAAAAUUGUGUCGCCAUUAACUCAGCAAACAAUUAGAAUUCCAAUCUUACCGCCUAGUCAAGAUGAUGUUGAGAAAUCUGAUGAUAGUUGGGUCUUCUUGUUCCUUUCAAAUACUGGAAAGGUCAUUGCUUCAACUGUCUUAGCAUUAGCAAUUAUUGGAUUGAUCUUUAUGUGUCUUAAGAGUCGUGAUUUAGACACUAGUGGAGUUUUCCAAAACAAGAACAACUUUCAAAAUCCAAAUCAGACGUUAAUUAACCAGAAUAGUAAUAAUAGUGGAGUAUUUUCAGCUAGUCCAUUGCAGUCACAACGUAUGCAGUCAUCACCUAUCAAAAUGAACCCUAAUCAAGAGAAUUUAAUUUAUGGAGAUCCAACAUUAGCAUCGCCACACAGACGUUACAAGAAGACACUUUAAUAAUUUAUUAGAACAAAAUGCCAAUCCUUGACAUGAAUGGCAAAUUGAGUCCUUUUUUUUGUUUCAGAUAUUUUUUUUUAUAUUAAGUUACUUAAAUUAAAUCUUCUAAUAUUUUGUUCAUGGAUUUUUUUCAUAAAAUUAAGAGUCAAAAGAGAUUAAAAACUUAAAUAAAAAAGGUAUGGAUAAGAAAGAUUGUGUUCUGAAUAAAGCUGUAAUGUUAUACGACUAAA